CCCGGCAGCCCUGGCCCGAGGCUUCCACCUCGCCAGCCCCGCCGCUCCCGCGACCGCUGCCUUAGAAAACUUUUAACGAGAACCAGAUGUGGCAGCCGCUGUCGAACUUUCCCCGAGCCGGCGAUUGGUCCCCGGCCGAGGGCCGCGGCCAGUCGGCGCGCCGCGAGGGCCCGGAGUCCCCGCCCGCCCCGGCGCCCGCGGGGACCCAGGUCGGAGGCUGGCGCCGCGCCGCUCGCGGGCUGGCGGGCAGGGUCGGGACGCGCUCGGCCGCGGGGCAGCCCAGGAGCCGAGCCAGCAUGCGGGGGGACCGGGCGGCCCGGCGGCGGGCGCUGCGGGCGCUGCUGCCGCCGCCGCCGCCGCCGCUGCUGCUGCUGUUGCUGCUGCUGUCCCGCGCCGCGGCGCUGCACCCAGACGAGCUCUUCCCCUACGGGCAGUCGUGGGGGGACCAGCUUCUGCAGGAGGGCGACGACGAGAGCUCAGCCGCGGUGAAGCUGGCCAGUCCCCUGCGCUUCUACGAAGCUCAGUUCAGCUACCUCUACGUGGGCACCAACGGUAUCAUCUCCACUCAGGACUUCCCUAGGGAAACCCAGUACGUGGACGAUGAUUUCCCCACAGACUUUCCGGCCAUUGCUCCCUUCCUGGCAGACAUCGACACGAGCAAGGGCAGGGGCCAGAUCCUGUACCGUGAGGACACGUCCCAGGCGGUGCUGGAUCUGGCUGCGCGCUACGUGCGCUCAGGCUUUCCGCGCACCGCGGCGCACUUCACCCCCACCCACGCCUUCUUGGCCACCUGGAAGCAGGUGGGCGCCUACGAGGAGACCACGCGCCGGGCGCCGCCCUCGGAAGAGCGGAACACUUUCCAAGCAGUCUUGGCAUCUGAUGAGUCCGAUACCUACGCCCUCUUUCUCUACCCUUCCAAUGGCCUUCAGUUCUUUGGAAGCCGCCCCAAAGAGUCUUACAAUGUCCAACUCGAGCUUCCUGCCCGGGUAGGCUUCUGCCGAGGGGAGGUCGAUGACUUGAAGAGAGAGGGUCCCUACUUCAGCCUGACUACCACUGAACAGUCUGUGAAGAAUCUCUACCAACAAAGCAACCUGGGGGCCCCUGGAGUGUGGGCUUUUCAUAUUGGCAGCAGCAGCACCCCGCAACCGGACAAUAUCAGGCCAGCAACAGUUGGAGGAGACCUCGCCAAAGGCCACUCCUCAGCCCCUCCGGAGCAUUCCUCCAGCCUCCCUGCAGUCCUGGAAAGUGACUACACUGAGGACAAUUUGGAUUAUUAUGAUGAGAAUGAGGGGGGUGUAGAAUACCCACCGAGUGAACCAGAGGAAGCACUGAAUGGCCACAGCAGUGUUGAUGUUUCCUUCCAAUCGAAAGCUGAGUCAAGACCCUUAGGGGGUGGAAUGUAUCCGCCAAAUUCUGAUCUGGCCUCCCCUUCACCGCAUCUGGCCACUAGUAAUUUGCCAUUCUACCCAGAAACAGAAUCUGCCACCUUGAACCCUCAACCCAAAGAGGCAAGACCUCCAUGGGGGAUGGACACCCGAGAUUUAAAUGGCCACGUUGAGUCAUCUGAACAGCCAGGGACCAGAGGCCCGGCUCCAUCAGAGAUAGAAGGAGAGUCACUGGAUCCUUCCCAGGGAACCCUGCCUCCGUACCCUGAAAACAAAAGCAUCAACCCCUCCACACUUGGAGGGGCACCACCGUCAGAAGUGGACGUUCCUCCAGCCCGCCCCGAGGGAAAGGUGGUUCUACACUAUCCCUCGCCAGCUCACAGUAUUCCACUGGGUCAAGGGAGGCAAGUGUUAGGAGUGGAAGACGUCAUCACUUCCAACACUGAAGUCUUCACGUAUAAUGCUGCCAGCAAGGAAACCUGUGAACGCAACCACGGACAGUGCUCCCCGCACGCCUUCUGCACGGACUACGCCACUGGCUUUUGCUGCCACUGCCAGUCCAGGUUUUACGGCAAUGGGAAGUACUGUCUGCCAGAAGGGGUGCCGCAUCGAGUCAACGGGAAAGUGAGUGGCCACCUCCACGUGGGCCACACGCCCGUGCACUUCACUGACGUGGACCUGCAUGCUUACAUUGUGGGCAAUGACGGCAGAGCCUAUACAGCCAUCAGCCACAUCCCACAGCCCGCGGCCCAAGCCCUUCUCCCACUCACACCAAUCGGAGGCUUAUUAGGCUGGCUCUUUGCUUUAGAAAAGCCAGGCUGGGAGAAUGGCUUCCGUCUCACAGGUGCCACCUUUACCCAUGAAAUGGAAGUGAUUUUCUAUCCAGGAGAAGAGAGAGUUCACAUCACUCAAACCGCCGAGGGACUUGACCCAGAGAACUAUCUGAGCAUUAAGACCAACGUUCAAGGCCAGGUGCCUUACAUCCCAGCAAAUUUCACAGCCCACCUAGCUCCCUACAAAGAGCUUUACCACUACUCGGAGUCAGCUGUGACCUCCACAAGUUCCAGAGACUACUCGCUCAUCUUCGGUGCCACCAACCAAACACUGUCCUACCGCAUCUACCAGAAUAUCACCUACGAGGCAUGCAGGCACGCCCCCAGACACCGGGCCAUUCCCACCACCCAGCAGCUGAAUGUGGACCGGGUCUUUGCCUUGUACACUGAAGGGGAAGGGGUGCUUAGAUUUGCUGUGACCAAUCAGAUUGGCCCAGUUGAAGAUGGUGCCAAUGUGGUUUAUUCCCUCUCUGCUCAUGCAGGGGACUCAGCCCCCACCCCAGUGAAUCCUUGCUAUGAUGGGAGCCACACGUGUGACACGAAAGCUCGGUGCGAUCCAGGGACGGGUGUAGACUACACCUGCAAGUGUCCCUCUGGGUACCAGGGAGAUGGACGGAGUUGUGUGGAUAUAAAUGAAUGUGCAACUGGCUUCCAUCACUGUGGCCCCAACUCUGUGUGCACCAACCUGCCGGGCAGCUAUAGUUGUGACUGUCGGAGUGGUUAUGAGUUUGCAGAUGACCGGCACACGUGCAUCUUGAUCGCCCCCCCUUCCAACCCCUGUGAGGAUGGCAGUCAUUCCUGUGCUCCUGCUCACCAGGCCAGGUGCAUUUACCACGGAGGCGACACGUUCAGCUGCACCUGCCUGCCUGGUUACACUGGCAACGGGCACCAGUGUACUGAUGUUGAUGAAUGCUCGGAAAACAGAUGUCAUCCCUCGGCUACCUGCUACAAUAUCCCUGGCUCCUUCUCCUGCCGGUGCCUCCCUGGAUAUCAUGGGGAUGGAUUUCAGUGCACACCUGUCCCAGAAGACCCCGCAUCAGGACUGAAACCCUGUGAACGCCAGCAGCGCAGUGCCCAUGCUCAGCAUGCCUAUCCUGGCUCCCAGCUGCACAUCCCCCAGUGCGAUGAGCAGGGCCACUUCCUGCCACUGCAGUGUCACGGGAGCACUGGCUUCUGCUGGUGCGUGGACCCUGAUGGUCUUGAAGUCCCCGGCACCCGGACUCCCCCCGGCUCCAUGCCGCCUCACUGCGGACCAGCAGAGCCCACCCGGAGGCCCCCGACUGUCUGUGAGCGCUGGAGGGAAAACCUGCUGGAGCACUACGGUGGCACGCCCCGGGACGACCAGUAUGUGCCUCAGUGCGAUGACUUGGGCCACUUCAACCCCCUGCAGUGCCACGGGAAGAGUGACUUCUGCUGGUGCGUGGACAAAGAUGGCAGAGAAGUGCAGGGCACCCGCUCCCAGCCCGGCAUCACCCCUGCAUGUCUGCCCACGGUUGCACCACCCACGGUCCAGCCCCUGCCCCGGCCUGAUGUGACCCCUCCGCCUGUGGGCACUUUCCUGCUCUACGCCCAGGGCCAGCAGAUCGGUCACUUGCCCCUCAAUGGUACCAGGCUCCAGAAGGACAUGGCCAAGACCCUGCUGUCACUGCAUGGUUCCAUAGUCGUGGGAAUUGACUACGACUGCCGCGAGAGGAUGGUGUACUGGACAGAUGUUGCUGGACGGGCAAUCAGCCGUGCCAGUUUGGUGCCAGGAGCAGAGCCCGAGACGAUCAUCAACUCAGGACUGAUAAGCCCUGAAGGACUUGCCAUUGACCACUUCCGUAGAACGAUGUACUGGACAGACAGCGGCCUGGACAAGAUCGAGAGGGCCAGGCUGGACGGCUCUGAGCGGAAAGCCCUCUUCCACACGGACCUGGUGAAUCCUCGAGCCAUUGCUGUGGAUCCAAUCCGAGGCAACUUGUACUGGACAGACUGGAAUCGAGAAGCCCCUAAAAUUGAAACGUCUUCUUUAGAAGGAGAAAACAGAAGAAUUCUGGUGAAUAAAGACAUUGGACUACCGAACGGUUUAACCUUUGACCCCUUCUCCAAACUGCUCUGCUGGGCAGACGCAGGAACCAAAAAACUGGAGUGUACACUACCUGAUGGGACCGGACGGCGUGUCAUCCAGAACAACCUCAACUACCCCUUUAGUAUCGUUAGCUAUGCAGAUCACUUCUACCACACAGACUGGAGGAGGGACGGUGUUAUAUCCGUAAACAGAGACAGCGGCCAGUUUACUGACGAGUAUCUCCCAGAGCAGCGGUCUCAUCUCUACGGGAUAACUGCAGUCUACCCCUACUGCCCAACAGGAAGAAAGUAAAUACGACAUCACAAAGGAUUUGGAGAUUACAAUCAGAAUCUGGACCCUAAAGAACAUUUGAACAUUUACUACAUACAAAGGCAAAGAAAGUGAGAAAGGAAUUGGACCUACAAGGUGAACAUUUUCAGUACAAAAAGACUAAAUAGAUCUUGUGAAAAGUUUAUACCUCAAUCGUUACUACUGUAUUUUGAAAAACAAGUUACUACAAGUUUUAAAAAAGGAACAGAAUUUUAAUUGUUGCUUAUUAAAGCAAUUCUACCAUAUUUAAAGGGUCAAACUCACCAGAACAUGUUAAGACCCUAAAUCUAAUCUUUCUAAGGAUUCUUUCUGGCCAAGAAAUUAAAGCAUUGGUUGUCAGUAUAGAGACACUCCUAAAGAUAGUAAGCCUUGACCUAAAGGCGGCUAUGCAGAACUGGUGGGGAAAUUUCCCAGCAAAAGUUCUAAGAUUUUUUUUUUUUUUUUUUUACCUCUGUAUUUCUAUUUAUAUUAAAAGGUGCUAGAAUGUU